AUGGAGGUAACCCAUAGAUCAGAGGCGACCGGGCCUGCGGCCUCCGUGUCCGCACCUCUCGAGAACGAAGAGUCGCAGGUUGCGCCGGUCGUUGAGCAGUCAGCCCAGCAACCCGCGCUCGCGGCACAACAAACAGAGACGACAAUCCGAAUCGCUGAAGAAGGAUUUCAAGCCUCGGCGACCGUCCAGCCACAAGCGAACCCUGCGGCGCAAGCUGCGCAGCCGAAACCCGCCCCCAAGAUCACGAGGGACCGUUACAACCAACAGUCCCUCGGCGCGUCGCUAAACUCGAAAGUGAAGCAGUCACGCGUGCUAAUGGUGGGAGCCGGAGGCAUUGGGUGCGAGCUUCUCAAGAACCUGGUCCUCAUGGGCUUUGGCCAAAUUCACAUUGUCGACCUCGAUACGAUCGAUUUAUCAAACCUCAACCGCCAAUUUCUUUUCCGCCAAGAACACAUCAAAAAGUCCAAGGCCCUCGUGGCCAAGGAAGCCGCUGAGAGGUUCAACCCCAACGUAAAGAUUUCCGCACACCACGCAAACAUCAAGGAUGAAGAAUUCACUGUCGCAUGGUUCCGCGAUUUUACCGUCGUCUUCAACGCGCUGGAUAAUCUGGAAGCGCGUCGGCAUGUGAAUAAGAUGUGUCUGGCUGCUCAAGUCCCACUGAUUGAGAGUGGUACGACGGGCUUCAAUGGACAGACUCAAGUCAUCAAGAAGGGCGUCACGGCAUGCUACGACUGCACUCCAAAAGAGACACCCAAGUCUUUUCCCGUGUGCACCAUCCGAAGCACGCCUAGCCAACCCAUUCACUGUAUAGUAUGGGGCAAAAGCUAUCUAUUAAAUUCUAGUGAGAUAUUUGGUGCCAGUGAGGAUCAGGCUGCUUUCGACCAUUCCGAGGACGCUGAUAAUGCCAAGGAAAUCGAAGAACUCAAGCGAGAAUCCGAAGCGCUGAAGAAAAUUCGAGCCGCCAUGGGAACACCUGAGUUUCCAAAAAUGCUCUUUGACAAAGUUUUCAACGCCGACAUAGAACGACUGCGUUCUGUCGAGGACAUGUGGAAAUCUAGGACGGCCCCCCAACCUUUGGAUUACGACAAGGUUCUGAGCCAAGCACGCGACGCCAUCGCAUCAAAAGAGGCGGUACUUGCUGAUGAUCAAAGAAUUUGGUCACUACAAGAGAGCUUGGCAGUCCUCAACGACAGCCUGGAGCGAUUAAGUAAGCGCGCGAUUGAGUCGACCAAGGCUAAAGGGCCGUCUGAUCCCGAGCCCGUCAUUACGUUUGACAAGGACGACAUUGACACUUUGGACUUUGUCACUGCUAGCGCAAACAUUCGUUCGACGGUAUUUGGGAUUGAGAGCAAGUCCAGAUUCGACGUGAAGCAAAUGGCUGGCAACAUUAUUCCUGCCAUUGCUACCACCAACGCCAUCGUCGCGGGACUCUGUGUGCUGGAGUCAUUCAAGGUUUUGAAGGGGGAGUUUGACCAGGCAAAGGAGGUCUUUCUGACACCUUUUGCUCCCGCGCGGCUUCUCGCGCCGGACAGAUUGCGCCAACCAAACCCUGACUGCCCAGUCUGUGGUGUCUUCAACGCUAGUGUCAUAGUUGACCUUUCACGAGCCACGCUGGGGGACAUUGUCGAGGGCUACCUCAAGGAGAACCUGGGUCUUGGAGAUCGGGAAUUCUCUGUAAACAAUGAUAUCGGCAUACUCUACGACUUUGACGAAACGGAUAACUUGCCAAAGAGGCUUACGGAGCUAGGCAUCCGCAAUGGAAGCUUCCUAACCAUUGUGGACGACGAGGACGAGGACACAUUGGUCAACAUUGUUCUUGAUAUCGAAGACAGGGCACUGGAAGCGACGGAGAAGCCUUACAAGGCCGUGGAGGAAAGCCAGCACAAUAUCGCACGCAAGCCGAAGAAGGUCACUCCACCUGAGACGAACGGCGUCAGCAAGACCAACGGCCUCGUCCAUCUCGAAGGCCCAAAAGGCUUGAAGCGAUCAAACGACGAUGGCGAGCAGCAGCCUUUGAAAAAAGCCAAGAUUGCUAAAGCGGCACAAGACGACGACAUCGUAUUGGUGGAGGAUGCCGGUGGCGCGAUUGUCAUUGAUGACUGA